AUGAAACCAGGAGGCCUUUGGUUGCAUCUCGCACUGCUUGGGGCCUCCCUGCCAGCUGUGCUGGGAUGGAUGGACCCAGAAACCAGCAGAGACCUGAAUGUGGGUGUGGAGGAGUCACAGACAGAGGAAUCCAGAAGCUUUCAAGUCACAAGAAGAGAAGGCCUUUCUUCCUACGGCAGGCUGCUGGCCUCCUGUGGGAAGAAGUUCUGCAGCCGCGGAAGCCGGUGUGUGCUCAACAGAGAGACGGGGGAGCUGGAAUGCCGGUGCCUGGACAGAUGCAGGCCCAGCUACAUGCCCGUGUGUGGCUCCAAUGGGCAGUUAUAUGAAAACCACUGUGAGCUCCACCGGGCCGCGUGUCUGUUGAAGAAGAAAAUUGUCAUUGUCCACAGCAAGGACUGCUUCCUUAAAGGUGACACGUGCACCAUGGCUGAGUACGCCCGCCUGAAGAAUGUCCUUCUGGCACUCCGGACCCACCUGCAGCCACUUGGAGAAGGAGACAGCAAACAAGACCUGGCCUCCCAGAAGCGCCUCCUGGUGGAGUCUCUGUUUAAGGACUUGGAUGCAGAUGGCAACGGCCACCUCAGCAGCUCUGAACUGGCUCAGCAUGUGAUGAAGGAGCAGGACCUGAAUGAGGACUUCCUGGGGUGCUCACUGGGUGACCUCCUCCACUUUGACGACUACAACAGUGAUGGAUCCCUGACCCCCCGCGAGUUCUACACGGCCUUCCAGGUGGUUGAGCUCAGCCUCUCCCCCCAGGAGAGGGUCAGCGUGACCACAGUGACUGUGGGGUUGAGCACGGUGCUGACCUGUGCCAUCCGUGGAGACUUGCGGCCACCAAUCAUCUGGAAGCGCAAUGGGCUCACCCUGAACUUCCUGGACUUAGAAGACAUCAGUGACUUCGGAGAGGAUGACUCACUGUACAUCACCAAGGUGACCACCAUCCACAUGGGCAAUUACACCUGCCACGCCUCCGGCCACGAGGAGCUAUUCCAGACCCACGUCCUGCAGGUGAAUGUGCCGCCUGUUAUCCGCGUCUACCCGGAGACCCAGGCACAGGAGCCCGGGGUGGCAGCCAGCCUGAGAUGCCACGCAGAGGGCAUUCCCAUGCCCAGAAUCACUUGGCUGAAGAACGGCAUGAAUGUCUCAACCCAGAUGUCUAAACAGCUCUCUCUUUUAGCCAAUGGAAGUGAACUCCACAUCGGCAGCGUUCGGUAUGAAGACACCGGGGCAUACACCUGCAUUGCCAAAAAUGAGGUGGGUGUGGAUGAAGAUAUUUCCUCACUCUUCAUUGAAGACUCGGCUCGAAAGACCCUUGCAAACAUUCUGUGGCGAGAGGAAGGCCUCAGUGUGGGAAACAUGUUCUAUGUCUUCUCUGACAAUGGCAUUAUUGUCAUUCACCCCGAGGAGUGUGAGAUCCAGAGGCACCUCAAACCCACUGAGAAGAUUUUCAUGAGCUAUGAAGAAAUCUGUCCUCAAGAGGAACGUGCCACCCGGCCAUGUCAGUGGGCAUCUGCAGUCAAUGUCAGGAACCGGUACCUCUAUGUAGCCCAGCCAGCACUGAGCAGAGUCCUUGUGGUCGACGUUCAAGCGCAGAAAGUCUUACAGUCCAUAGGUGUGGACCCUCUGCCGGCUAAGCUGUCCUAUGACAAGUCACAUGAUCAAGUGUGGGUCCUGAGCUGGGGGGACACGCACAAGUCCCAACCAACCCUUCAGGUGAUCACGGAAGCCAGCACCAGCCAGGGCCAGCACCUCAUCCGCACACCCUUUGCUGGAGUGGACGACUUCUUCAUUCCCCCAACAAACCUCAUCAUCAACCACAUCAGGUUCGGCUUCAUCUUCAACAAGUCUGAUCCUGCAGUUCACAAAGUGGACCUGGAAACGCUGAUGCUCCUCAAGACCAUCAGCCUGCAGAGCCACGGCUGCGUGCCACAGGCUAUGGCCCACACACACCUGGGGGGCUACUUCUUCAUCCAGUGCCAACAGAACAGCUCUCCCCUGGCUGUCCCCCAGCUACUGGUGGACAGUGUCACAGACUCCGUGGUUGGUCCCAACGGUGAUGUUACAGGCACCCCCCACACAUCCCCCGAUGGGCGCUUUGUCGUCAGUGCCGCCUCCAAUAGCCCCCGGCUACAUGUGCAGGAGGUCACCAUGCGGGGGGAGAUCCAGACCCUCUAUGACCUGAGGGUCCCCCAGGGCAUCUCGGCCUUGGCAUUCCAGCGCUCCUUCACUGAGGGCAAUCAGUACUAUAUCUACGCUGCCCUGGAGACGGAGCCUGAUCUGCUAUUCCUGGAGCUGUCCACAGGGAAGACAGGCAUGCUGAAGAACUUAAAGGAGCCACUCGAGGGGCCAGCCUGGCCCUGGGGCGGGCCCCACAGGAUCGUGAGGGACAGCGGGCUCUUCGGACAGUACCUCCUGACUCCAGCCCAAGAGUCGCUGUUUCUCAUCAACGGGCGGCAAAAUGCACUGCAAUGUGAGGUGUCAGGCAUAAAGAGGGGGACCACAGUGGUGUGGGUGGGUGAGGUAUGAAGGAGUCCCUGAGUAGAGUCCUCGGCCAGGGAGCACUGCCCAGUCCAGAUAACACAGCCCCAGGCAGGCGCACUGUACAUUUUUACAGACAAAAGCAAAAACCUGUAUCCGCUUUGUGGUUCACCACUGGUUUCCUUGCAAGUUUCCUAGUAUAAGGUAUGCGCUGCUAACAAGAUUGGGGUUUUUUCGUUGGGAAGUAUGAUUUAUGCCUUGAGCUACAACGAGAACACAUGCCUCUGUGUAAAGGAAUCAUUUUUGUGCUGAGCUACGCGCCACAUGACCUGGGAUGCUGUGGAGCCAAGAGAUUCUGCUUUCUGGGCGGGCACUUCUGUCAGAUGCCUUCACAUAGUCAUUGUCCUUUACGGCCGAAUCCAGCCAGACUUCACGCUGGUGGAGUUACCCAGAACUGGGCCUGGGAGCAGAGGUGUACCAGGCGCAGGGGCUCUCCCUCCCGGGUCCAAAGCCACGUCUGCCCUUGCUCUGGCCCUUCCUUUCUCCUUCACAGCUGCUUCUUGCUUUUCUUUUCAUCUGACUUGUGAUAAACCUGAGGGACAGCUAAUAUGACUUGCAUCUUUGGGGUUGGGGAAAUCACUCACUUUAUUUUGGAAAUUUUUGAUUAAAAAAAUAAUUUUUUAUAAUCUCAGAUGCUAGUAAGCAAAAAGAUCCUUUCCAAGGUCCAGCUCUAUUCUUCCCUGCCUAAAGCCAAGUCU